GUUGUUAUUUCUUGUAUUUUUUUUUCCCUCCAAAUGCACUAUAUUGUCAAGUUUUGGGACACCCUUCCAAAUCACUAAAUUCAGGGGUUGGGCUCGGCCCCUUAGUUCCAGUGAAAGGAACUCUUAAGACAUUUUAGAUGAUUUCAUGCUCCCAACUUUUUUAUGGGAACAGUUUGGGGAUGACCCCUUCCAGUUCCAACAUGACUGCACACCAGUGCACAAAGCAAGGUCCAUAAAGACAUGGAGGAGAGUUUGGUGUGGAGGAACUGACCUCAACCCUGAUGGGGAUGAAUUGGAGUGGAGACUGAGCCACACCUUCUCGUCCAUCAUCGGUGCCUGACCUCAUGAAUGCGCUUCUAGAGAAAUGGUCAAAACACACUCCUAAACCUUGUGGAAAGAGUUGAAGCUGUUAUAGCUGCAAAGGGCGGGCCAACUCCAUGUUAAAUUCACGAGCAGGUAAAGGCAGGCAUCCUAAAACUUUUGGAAAUAUAGUGUAUUUGUGGGAAAUGAAUUAAUCUUUGCCCACAACUAUUAUGUGUAAACCGAUCUCUUGAUCCGUACAGAAGACAACGUCCUCUACUCACAAACCGAAGUAACUCGAAACCAACAAACUUCUGGAGCUUCUCAAUAUCUGAGUAGGAAAACAUAAGUAGUUGGACUUGAAUAGCGAGAUCAUACAGCACAUUCCUUUCGUGUUCACUCAGCUUGAUUCUGGGAAGCACAAUGAGGUGUAUUCGAAAACAAGUGUAACUCGAUCACCUGGAUGUUCUGAAUGAACGGUACUCCUCCUUUUGGAUCUUUCUGGAACCGAAUUGAAAUUCUUAUGUCUUUUAUUUUUCACUGCACCUGCGUUUCCAUUCAAACAUGAACCUGAGCUUCAGAGUGCUGUUCCUGAACUGUAACUUAGAUUAUACCUAUAUUAUGUCAAACACUGUCACUAGAACCAUUCACCUUUCUAAUCUCCAGGAAUAAAUUAUUCCUGUUUAUAAUCCAUAAUGCGUCGUGUUACUAUUCUUUAACUGCUUAGGGUUAGGGAGAGCAAGAAAAAAAAAAAGGCAUGAGAAAGGAAUGAGGAAGAAUUACAUUUACUCCUGUCAGGUAGGUGUUGUCUUUUAACACGCCCGGUUCACACCAUUAGGAGUGACACGUUUCGUCUUCUAGCCAGUUUGUGUUAUAACCUUGCAAGAUACGUCCUUCGUAAUAGGUUUUGUUUAUUUAAUGAAGCGUUCCGAAGUCUUUUUCACCUGAAACGUUUUUUUCUGGAACCCGCAUUUUCUUCUGUGAUGGGUUGGUGGUGUUGUUUGACACGUGAAGAACAAGAAGCUCGUAGAAUCCACCAAGACAUCGAGAGACAGCUCAGAAAGUCCCAAAAAGAAGACGGGAAACAGGUGAAGCUGUUGCUUUUAGGUACAGGCGAGAGUGGAAAAAGCACCUUCAUCAAGCAGAUGAGGAUCAUCCAUGGAAAGGGCUACACGGAGGAUGACAGGAGGACCUUCACCACACACAUCUUCGAGAAUAUAUUUUCUGCAGUGCAAGCCAUGAUCGAGGCCAUGGACAUGAUGAAGAUCCUGUUCACAAAUGAGAAAAAUACAGGUUAUGCUGCGAUGCUGCUUCAGGUGACGUCAUAUAAUACGAUGAGCUCUAUGGAUAAGGGACAUGCCGAGGCUAUAAGCAGCAUGUGGGGAGAUCCCGGGAUGCAGCAGUGCUAUGAGCGCAGGAGAGAAUACCAGCUCCCUGAUUCGACCAAAUACUACCUGGAUGAUAUCGAGCGAAUAUCAUCUCCCCUUUACGUGCCAUCUGAGCAGGACAUUCUCCGAGUCCGAGUUCGCACUACUGGAAUCAUCGAGUACUUCUUUAACCUUAGCUCCGUUGUAUUCAGGAUGGUUGAUGUAGGGGGUCAGCGCUCAGAGAGGAGGAAAUGGAUCCACUGUUUUGAAAACGUGACUUCUAUCAUCUUCCUGGUGGCACUGAACGAGUAUGACCAGGUCCUGUACGAGAACUCUAAAGAGAAUCGUAUGGAAGAGAGUAAAGGAAUCUUUAAGCAAAUCGUCAACUACCCGUUGUUCCUGAGGUCCUCCAUGAUCAUCUUUUUCAACAAGACUGACCUCCUUCGAGAAAAAAUCUCCAAAUCCCACCUCGCAGACUACUAUCCUGAAUACACCGGCCCCCAGAAUGAUGCAAACGCUGCCAUGAAGUUCAUUCUCAGAAUGUAUGAAGCUCUGAACUCUGACACAUGCAAGCGCCUGUACUCUCAUUUCACUUGUGCCACAGACACGGAAAAUAUCCGCUUAAUUUUUUCAGCUGUGAAAGACACCAUCAUGAGGUCCUACUUUGACGAAUACAGCCUGACUUAGAACAGCUAUCGCUUUCAUUUUGAUAUUUGAUGUUAAUUUAUUCACUACUGUUGUUUUAGACGUCACAUUCCCUUAAAGAAGAGUCCCGAGUGUUUUCUUUUAUUUUUUUUCUUUCUUCCAGAUGUGAUUUCUUUCCAGAUGCAUCAAAGAUUUUUUUUGUUUGUUUACAAUGAUGUACAUAUUCUAUUUUUUAUGUGUGAUCAUAUUAUUUCCAGGAUAUCACGUGAUUACUUGAAUUCAGAUUAGCAGAUUCAAGGCGAUCGUGAGCGCAUCUUCACAUCAACAUAUGAUCACAAAUGAAAUGUACUUGAACUUUCCUUAAGGGUUGUGAGUUUUUGUAUAGAUGAUGGAUAUGAUUAGUUUUAUGUGUUUUAAAUGUUUCUGUAAUCCUACAGUGUAAUAUUUCCAAUGCUGAGGUUAAAACACAUUGUCCCAUCAAGAAGCUGAAACUUUUCAACAUUCAGGAACUGUUUUUAUUUUCUCCAGAAUAAGUGUAGAUGUGGAGCAAAAAAAACCUACUGUUUAUAGGGUAUGCCAAUUGAUGUUUCCAAAUAAGCCAUAUUUAUAUUUACCCAUUCUUAAAACACAUUUAAAACAAAUUGCAUAAUAACAUUUUUUGUAAUUGAGCAGUUAGCAAAGAACAUGUUAUGUGUUGUAGUUCUGAAUAUGUCCAUUAGGUGGCAGCACUGUAUUUGGGUCGGUCUACUAGUAAUCACUGUCACCCGGCUCAAUUCAGUGAGUCAUAUCAUCUGACUCAACUCAGCAAUAAGAAUCGACUCCUCCAGUGUACCAAGCGACUCACAUUUUAUAAAAACCUUUAAAACAAUUGUUUGAUAGC